AUGAAGAACAAUCGAAGCGUUAAAGGAAGAAGGUGGAAAAAAGUUGAUGGUUCUUGUAGACAAGUAAGCUCUGCGAACAAUAUCGUGUGGGCCAUCGCCUAUGACAAUGAUACUCUGUGGUAUCGGCGUGGCAUAAAUGACGAUAACCCAACAGGAUUGAAGUGGGUGCAAGUGACUGGUGAAGCCAGUCUCGUUAGCGCUAACCAAGUUAAUAACGAUAAGUGGUGCAUCAGAAACUCAAACGAAACGUACAACCAUAUUGGUCCAUCGGCGUACUACUCCCGCGGAUCGUCAUGGAUCUUCAUGAAGGGUUGGACGAAGUGGGUGUCCGUUGGCCAGGCAGGGGUCUGGGUAGUCAGCACCACAAACGAAAUAUUCUUUAGGAUCGGCACAGGAAGCGGAGUCGGAGGUGAAGGGACUGGCUGGGAACAGGUGGACGGCUCUCUGAAGCAGGUUUCCUCCGGCGAUCGUGUUGUGUGGGGCGUGGAUGAAAACAACAGUAUCUUCAAACGCACCGGUAUAACUGUUUCCAACCCAGUGGGCACAGCGUGGGAGUCUGUUCACGGAUCCCUAAGUCUAGUCAGCGUCAAUUCAGUAUCGAACGCUGUGUGGGGACUAGACGGUUCCCUCGUCUAUAGACUUAAAAAGUCGACGAAUUUCGAGGUUUUCGCCGACCGGUGGCCGAGUAGAGCGUAA